AUAUGUGGAGAUAAUAGAAUCGAAACGGGUCUGGAAUCUGGGUGAAGAUAAUAAGUCUUUUUUUUCUUUUUGUACAGUUCUUGCCACUUUGCCUGAAACCAUGCCAAACAAUCAUAAUAAAGGCAGAAAUGUACAGCAAGAAUACUGUCUCAAGCGUGCCUUCUGUCUGUCUUUUGUUUUCCAGCUCCCAUCACCCAGACCCGGGCCCAGAGAACAGAGUGUGGCACAUUGAGGCUAAGAGAGCAGCAUUAACAUCCAGGCAAGAAAAUGACAGGUCUCGCCAGGCAGUGGGAAAUUCUGGGGGCGCAACGUGAAGCUCCAGCUGCAGUCUGUCGACGACGGAGGGUGGGUUGAUGUCCAAGGAGCACCUGGAGUCUGUGAACCGCGCUGAAGGCAGAAACACAAUCGAGUGCUGGAUUCCUUUCUCAGGCAUGAGGGCCAAAGCAGGACCCAACUCCCGUUCCACACAUGGGAAACCCAGGCUCAGUGAGGUUCCCAAGGCUGCCCUUCAGUCGGACCAAAGUAUGUGCUUUUGUGUGUGACUUUUGUGAUUUUAGAUUCUCUGGAAGCCAUCAGCAAACAGUUGAAUUGACACCCCCCCCCACACACACACACAUACGCAUCAUCUGAGUAUUUUUUUUCUAAGUCAGUGUUUUUAAAAAGGGUGGUCCAGAACCAGUAACAGCCGUGCCCAGACAUUCCUUAGAGAUUAUGAAUAAAGAGGCAACGUGAUGGCUUAGUGGAUAAAGGCGCUUGCCGCCAAGCCUGAUGACCCGAGUUCAAUCCACACAACCCAGACUUGCGUCGUGAGCACAGGCUGUCUUCUGAUUUCCCCCGAUUUCCCCUUGCGUGCUCAUCCACACAAAAUUAAAAAAAAAAAGUGAUUAAGAAUUAAAAAAAAAAUGACCAACGAAUAAGAUUCUCCACUUCGCACUCCCUCAACCUUUUGGUUUGACCCUAGGAGUGGUGCCUAAUUAUCUAUUAAAUUAAAAAAAAAAGUGCACGCACGUGUGUGUGUGUGUGUGUGUGUGUGUGUGUGUGUGUGUGUGUGUGUGUGUGUGGUUUCGCGCCUGCGCUCGCUGUCAGAGAACACAUUUCGAGCGUCAGUUCUCUCCUCCCACCAUGUGGGUUCCGGGGAUAAAACUCAAGCAGUCUGAUUUGACAGCAAAUGCCUUUAUCUGUUGAGCCAUCUCGUGGCCACUAUCUGGAUUUUAACGAGUGUUCCUAGUGAUCUUGUUGCACGCUCAAGUUGGACAAUCACUACACCCUAUCGCUUCUUACGGCAAUCGCCUCUGUAGCUAGAACUUUGCAAAGAAACGAGGUUAAAGUUUUUCAAAAGGCGUAAUAAAGACCGUUCCCGCUGCAUAGCUAACCCCGGGAAUCGCUGGGUUUCUUCCAGGAUAGGCUCGCACACAGGCUGGAGACAGCAGAGGGAAGAAGGGUCCACGGGAGUUGGGAGGAGGGACUGAUGACAAUUUUUCGUGGUUGACUAGGUUUUUGAAAAAGCGACUUCCAAGGGUACAUUAACCAGCCAGCGAAUCCACUUGUUUCGGAGGGGAGGUGGGAGGUGGGGGCGGGGGUGGAGCGUGGGGCGGAGCGACAUUCGCAGCUCCGGAAUCGGUGCCUUCCAAGUGGCGCCGCGCGUCCCCCCUCCCCCGCUCCGGAUCUGCCCGGAGCCGGGCGCUCAAACUCAACUCUCCCAGCCAACCUCGCCACCUCUACGGUCUCCGGGACCGACCUCCUUGGAAUUCCUCCCAGCCGGGUCGAGUCAAGGGAAUAUCCCAGAUCGCGGGAAGCUGCCCGCCCCCUCGGCACCCCUCCUCCGGGUCUCCGCCCCCGCUGGGGCUGCCCGGUGCCAAGGGAAGCGAGGGCGCCGCGGCUGGAAAAUGAGCGGUGCCCGCAGGGUGGCCCGGAGCUGCAGGUAACUGGCGUGGGACCUCGGGGGCAGCGAGCUCGGCGUCGCUGUCCCUUCCCUGCACGACCGCGCGGCGACCUGCUGCGCCCUCGCGCGGGCUGAGCCUUGGGGACCGCGGUGCCCCCGCGGGGCGCGGCGGGCGGGGAAAGGCGCGGACCCCUAACUCCGGGCAAGACCCCGACGCUCUCCGCUCGUCCCACAGCCACGGUCCCUCCCGCGCUGGUUCCCUCUAGCGUCGCGCAGCGGUGGCAUCGGUGAGCGCGGUCCGCGCGGCCAAUGCCUGGUAACAUGGAGAAGUUUCUACAGAUCGCGCCGCACUCUCUGGCCAUCGUCCUGGGCCCAGCCGACAGCUCCGCCGAGGAGAAGCCCGGGGCGGUUCAGCCUUCGCCCUCAGCCCCGACCCAACCCCGGCAGCUCGCCCGACACCACAUCGGCUACGAGAUCUUCGCCGAUUUCAAAGCGGAGAACAUGCAACACUUCUGGAACAAGAAGGUCACGGCCGCGGUGGCCGAGACGUUUUUCCUGGGCUGGAUCGACGAGCAGGUCCUGCUGAUUCAGGGCAAGGAGGAGCAUCUCGAGGCGCUGCGCGAGGGCUGGACGCGCAGGGCGCUGCGACCCCCAUCCGGCUUCCAGAUCCGCUGCCUGGGUGAUGUGUCACCAAUCAGUAUGUCCCCCAUCAGUCAAUCUCAGUUUAUUCCACUCGGGGAAAUCCUUUGCUUGGCCAUCUCGGCGAUGAACUCUGCAAGAAAGCCUGUCACCCAAGAAGCGUUGAUGGAACACCUGACGACAUGUUUCCCAGGUGUUCCAACCCCAAGCCAAGAAAUUCUAAGGCAUACCCUAAACACACUGGUCCGGGAGAGGAAAAUCUACCCGACUCCAGAUGGCUAUUUCAUUGUGACCCCACAGACUUACUUCAUCACUCCUUCCCUCAUAAGAACUAACAGUAAGUGGUACCACUUGGAUGAGAGGGUACCUGACAGGUCUCAGUGUACCUCUCCACAACCCGGAACCAUAACGCCCUCUGCCUCAGGCUGCGUCAGGGAAAGGACAUUACCCAGAAAGCACUGCGACUCUUGCCACUGCUGCCGAGAAGACGUGCACAGCAUGCAUGCCUCCACUCUGCAGAGGAAACCCGCCAAGGACUGCAAAGACCCCUACUGCCCUCCGCCGCUCUGCCAGGUGCCGCCCACUGAAAAAAGCAAAAGCACUAUCAAUUUCUCUUACAAGACCGAAACUCUCUCAAAACCGAAAGACGGUGAGAAGCAGUCCAAAAAGUUCGGCCUCAAGUUAUUCCGGCUGAGCUUUAAGAAAGACAAGACCAAACAGCUGGCCAAUUUCUCUGCCCAGUUUCCUCCCGAGGAGUGGCCCCUCCGGGACGAGGACACGCCGACCACCAUCCCCCGGGAGGUGGAGAUGGAGAUCAUACGGCGCAUCAACCCGGACUUGACAGUGGAAAACGUCAUGAGGCACACGGCACUGAUGAAGAAACUUGAAGAAGAGAAGGCUCACCGGAGCAAAGCCGGGUCCUCGGCCCACCACAGCGGAAGGAGUAAAAAGAGCCGGACUCACCGCAAGUCCCACGGGAAGUCUCGGUCCCACAGCAAGACUCGAGUGUCGAAAGGAGAUCCUUCGGAUGGCUCACAUCUGGAUAUCCCAGGGGAGAGGGAGUACGAAUUCUGCGACCCUCUAACCAGGGCCCCCAGGGAGGGCUGCUUUAUCAUCGAGCACAAAGGAGACAACUUCAUCAUGCACAGCAACACAAACGUGAUCGAGUCCCAUUUCCCCAUGACGCCGGAAUGGGAUGUGUCUGGCGAACUGGCCAAAAGGAGAACGGAGAUGCCCUUUCCCGAACCUUCCAGGGGAAGCUCCCACUCCAAAGUGCACCGAAGCCACAGCCAUACCCAGGACCGGAGGUCCAGGAACGAGAGAUCCAACAAGGCCAAGGAGAGAUCCAGGUCGAUGGAUAACUCCAAAGGCCCCCUGGGCGCGUCUUCUCUCGGGACUCCGGAAGACCUGGCCGAAGGAUGCAGCCAAGAUGACCAGACCACCAGCCAAUCCUACAUUGACGACAGUACUUUAAGGCCGGCGCCGACUAUUGGUCAUCAGAGGGCUCACAUUUCCCCUGCCAGCUAUAAAGAGGUGUGCAUUCCAGAAAUAGUCGGUGGCAGCAAGGAGCCUUCCAGUACUUGUAGCCUUUUGGAGCCAGGCAAACCCCCUGAGAGUAUGCCAUCCUACGGGGAACUCAACCCCUGCCCGGCAAAAACAGCUGUGGAUGACUAUUUUCAGUGCAACACCUCCAGCGAGACUGUGCUCACAGCACCGUCUCCUUUGGGGAAGAAUAAAGAGGACCAUGACACUUUGACCCUGGUGGAGGGGGUAAAAAAGCUGUCUCCAUCUGAGAGGCAAACCCCUCAUUCUUCCAGGGAGCCUGUUGGGCACAAGGAGGAGUCACCAAAAGGGCCAGGUGGGGGCCCUGCUACCUCUGGUGGUGUGACAGAGGGGAUGGCCAAUGGCCGCCUGGUCCAACAUCAUAGCGCAGAACCCAGCAGCCUGGACAAAAGGAAAGAAAUAUUCAGCAAGGACACACUGUUCAAACCUCUACACAGCACCUUGUCUGUAAACAGCUACCACAAAUCCAGCUUGUCCCUCCUCAAAUCUCACCCGAAGUCACCUGCCGACACACUGCCAGGCCGAUGCGACAAACUGGAACCUUCCCUUGGGACGUCUGUGGCCCAAGCCAUGCCUACGUGCCAGCGCCAGCAGGAGACUGGAGGGAACCAGGAGGCCUCUUUUGACUAUUACAACGUCUCUGAUGAUGAUGACUCCGAGGAAGGGGCCAACAAAAACACAGAGGAGGAGAAAAACAGAGAUGAUGUGGGCACCAUGCAGUGGCUUCUUGAGAGAGAGAAGGAGAGGGACUUGCAGAGGAAGUUUGAGAAGAACCUCACCCUUCUCACCCCAAAAGAAACUGAUAGCAGCAGCAGCCAGAGAGCCACCCACUCAGCCCGCCUGGACAGUAUGGACAGCAGCAGCAUCACAGUGGACAGUGGAUUCAACUCCCCACGCACUCGGGAGAGCCUGGCUUCCAACACAUCAAGCAUUGUUGAAAGCAACCGCCGUCAGAAUCCUGCUUUGAGUCCGGCCCACGGCGGAGCUGGUCCAACCUUCAACUUCCGUGCAAGUACGGAUCCCCCGACCAAUGAAGCUGAGAAAUUACAGAAACCUUCCAACUGCUUGCAAGCUUCUGUUACUAGUGUAUGAUUGUCCUUCUGCCUCGGAUCUUCUGUCUUGUUCGAUACAGCAACGUUUACGACAAUUGGGACUGAUGUUUACAUCUCUGCAAAGACAAACAUCUCAAGCACAGCUUGGGGGUCACUUGAGCUGUGCUGCUAAAGUAGGCUAGGGCAAAAACAAAAAAUCUUUAUUUCAGAGUAUUGCUUUUCACAUUUACGGCUCUGUAGCAACCGAAUAGCAGUAGGGGAGAUAUGUAUACUUCUGCUUCACUAACUAUAUCUGAGCACACAUAGGCAAGUCUAAACACUGUAAGUGGAACAUGCAUUUUUCAAUGUCAUGCAGUUGCCAAUUCCAUUUUGAAAUGCCACAGAUGUGUGUUGCUCCCAGCCUAUGGGGAAUGGGGCCAGGGAAGGAAUCCUUGACAACGCUCCCCCCACCCCACCCCACCCCCCAAAAAGCCAAGUCACAACAAAAUGUAAAUGUAAGGGUGUCCAUCGUGAGAGAAAUCAAUGCCAAACUGAGCAGAAGGGACCCCAGCCCUUUGUGUGUGAGUCCUUUCAAAACCAGUCAUUUUUCACUGUGAGUCUUCAUGACGCUCCUGCAGGAGCCUAUGGAAGUGGGUCAGAGAGGGUUCCGAUGGGAUUCCUUAGAGUGUUUGUUUUCAGGAUUCUGUUUUCCGGUGCACUCCAUGCUUGUCUUGAGUUGUUUAGCCUUCCAUAAUCACAAACAGGAAUAUUGGCCUUUGAAGUGGACAAAGGAAGGGAAAUCCGGUCUCGCUGGGGCACAGCACUGAGUGAUGGAGAAGAUUGUGUGGACUUUGGGGAGGGAUGAAUCGGAUAUUGAAGAAAGAUACUCCCUCCUUGUGACACUUAGGUCGAGCUAUCUUACUAUAAUAGAUGCAGUGAUUAGUUUGUUUGGAAGCAAAAUGUUCUUUAUGAUACAAAUGAAGAAUGUGGCCUGAGGGUGUUAUUCUUUCUAAUGGAAGGGACAUAAAUCUAUUUUAUGUAGUUUUAAAUAGAAUGCCUAAAUUAGGCUGUGGGAGAUAAUUUUUAGUGGUUGUAGGAAAGAGCAAAUUUAGGGAGAGUUGAACGUCAGGCCUUUUAUUCCUGGGAAGAUAUCUAUAGAGAAAACCUUUAAAGUAAUUUUUGAUUAGAAAUGUACAUGGGCCCAUAUAAUAAACAGCAGAGUGUCCUCAUUCUGCUGGUAUGGUAUAUCCUUAAUUUGUACUCCCCUAAAAUUUAUCAGAAUAACAAUUAUGCAUACAUGAACUAUGCCAGAGUAAUGUUUACAGAUACUUUGUAACAAUUUCGGGAGGCGUGUUUUAGGUGGAUUGUGUGGUCACUCACUCAGCAUCUUUUAAAAUGAUUUCUUCACACUCUACUUUGGUUUACAAUGUCACGCUCAGUAUCAAAAGGCUCCACAGCAGGGGGACCACUAACCAACACCCUUCAGUCAUACAGGAAAGACACAUUUCAAAAGAAGAAUAUACAGAUGAAGAUGUAUACCAUAGGAUUCCUACAUCUGUAGGUCCUGGAAAACUAUCACCCAAGAUUUCAGUGAUGAGCAUAAAUUUGUGAGGGAUUUUCUUUUUCUGUGUUAGGGUUAAUCACUAGCAAUGCAUUUCAGGAAACACAGUCAUAUGAUGUGGCUGGAAAUGUGUAUGCUCUCACAUUUCGCCUGCUGUUUGGAAGUUGCAUUGGGUCAAACUGGGCUCCUCAACUUUACUAUAGUAAAUUACUUUUGUGUGCUUAUUGUAGUGAAACUUAAGCACAGUUCUCAGUGUGCUGCUACAUCAUUGAAAUACUUAAGCCAAAUGGGUUUGAAUCUUAUAUAUUAUUUCCUCCCAGGCAUGCCUCAGUUACUCAAAAACAUUUUAUCUCGUUACUUAACUAUGUCCAGAAAGAGCAGCCACGUAUCUGGUAUUCUACAUAGUCCGUUUGCUCGAGGAGCUGUAUACCAUACAAUUCCUGGAUCUGGUCUGUCUAAUUUUUUUCUAAAAACCUGCUCUCAAAUUUUUGGCAUACUCAGUUCACUGAUAAUAGGACCAUUAAAACAAUACAUUAGUCUCUGAUAGACCCUCUGAACAUAGCCAUUGAAGGAACCUAGUGCUGUGUGAGCAGGAAAGGACAUAAUUAUGGUUAAGAGAAGCUUUGAAACAUGCAUUUUUGCUAGUUCACAAGAAAUAGGUUUACAGAAGACAUUAUUCAAAUAAAAUGUGUACGCUAUUUGCCUAAUCACUAUGGGGUACAUGAUUAAGAAAGAACCAAACAAAAGAAUCUCCCUUAGGCCAGCAGCCAUUAGCACAGAAUGAUGGACUUCAAGGAUGAUAUACCACAUAAACAGGUAGUUUGUGGAGAAACACUCUUGUCUGAAUCUAAUCUGGAUUCUUGAACGGAGGGACAUUGGUGGUGGGGAGCACAUGAUAGGUAUGACAAGUCCAAUGUGUCUAAGAUGAUCUCAUCCAGAUGGUGAGACUCUUGAUGCCCACAGCCUUGAGGCCCUACCCAGACUUUGCCAAUACUCUUCUCCACUGGAACCACAGCUUUGUGUUACAUGACUGCAUGUCUAGUCUUAGUGUUUCUCAAUGGAAAGGUUUACAAAACUGAAUCUGGUUGAAUCUCCGUGAGGCAUUCAACUCUAAAGGGUCAACACAUCUGUCGGCAUUUUGCACACAUAUAUGUAUUAUUAUGAUACAGCCUAUUAUUUUAUGGUAAUUUUUAUUUUUACAUAUAACUACCUCCAUGAAUUUGAUGAAAUGGCAGCAGUGUGUUCAAGUGUGUUCUUCAGAAAAGCAAUGUUGAAAACAUGCUUCAGCAGUAGGCCAUGGCAUUCCGUGUGUGUCGGUGACUUGUCCAUUGGACUCAUGACUUUCUCCCUGCCCCAGUUUUUCAUUCACAACAUUCUUUGGCUUUCGAUUGUAAACCUGUUGUCCUCUUUCUCUCUCCUUUCUCCCCCAUGAAAGCUCAUUUGAUUUGUUACAAGUGAAUGAAUGCUUUAAAAUUAUUAUCUUCCCCACUCUUCCAUUCCCGCUACAAGAAAAAAAAAUAAAAAAAAAGAAAGGUCCUUUUGGCAAAGAGCCACUUGGUAAACAUUUGGGACAUUAUUAAUUCCUACAAGAAUUGGAUUGGGUUGCUAGGUUUUUUUUUCAGUAACAAAAUACAUGUGAGAAAUUCGGACUGCCAACUGGAAGCACUUUGGGCCUCCCUGCCUUUAUCAUAUGCUACCCUAUGGAGCCCAAACUUCCUUUUUAUUAAAAGAGCUGUGCCACACAUUCUGAGAUGUCUGUUAAAGAAUGUGUAUACCAUUUGAUACAUUGUGCACAUCUCAGGAGACCUUAAUGAGUAUGUGAAAAGGGUUGUAUGUGCACUCAAUAGAGAAGACAAAUAGAAGAGCUGGAAGGAGAUAAUAAAUGCCUGUGUCUUUGGUGUUGAAGAAUCCAAUUCAGGAAAUAUAAAUCAAAAGGGAAUCUGAAGGAGCAGUGAUUUGAACACCAGAUGUUCCUACAUGUCUCCUUUUCAAAACUCAAUCAAUAUUGUUAAGAUGCACAUUUAAAUUCUAUUGUGGCCACCACAAGACAAGAACGGUGGUCCAUAGGAAAGCAUAAUUUCUUCUUUAGGUUGACACAGCUUUGUAAAGUUCCAUCCAGAAUUUACCACUGGUCACCACAAAGUGUACUUGAAGAUCAAGUUUGUAACUUGAAUGAAAGGCAUAAUUCUCACAAAACCGUAGCGAUCAUCUUUGAGAAAUGUCUUACCAUUUGGAAGGGGUAGCAUUCUGAGCUUACGCUAACAUCCAACAACUGGUAAUGUUAUGCAGCUCAUCGGGGAUCUCAAAGUGCUUCCGAAGCAUUAGAUUGUACAAUUCCAGAGCAGGUCCUGUGUGUAAUACCCAUGCUUGACAGGGGCAAACAAACGGAGUGAUUCAAGAUCACCCAGAAACACAGCGGCAGCUAUCAAUGACCUAUUUUCUAUCUGUUUGAUAGGCCAUCAUGAGAAAUCACUACAAUGCUAUUUUUCUGAUGUGUGCUAAUAAAGACAACAAGUUCAGCUCGACACCUUGUCCAUUUUCAUUCCAAGAGUUAUGGCUGUUUGGAAUCUCAACACAUCAGCACACAUUGCUGGUAUUGGUUAUGAAGUGGGAGAUGAGCAAAUCCAUACCAAGGCCAUUGCCAUUCAAGGCCCAUCCAGACAUCCACCCCUGUUUACAAUUUCUUAUUGGUUUUCUGUAAUUCUUGUAAACCCCAUCAUCAGGAACAUUGGCUGCUCCAGGCAGUGGAAGGUGCUGAAACAGUUUUUUGUUUUGUUUUGUUUUCCUUUAAAAUCUUUCUAAGCACUCUUCACAGUGCUCAACUGAGUAACAUUUGCUACAGUAUAUCAAGCCCUGCUUCCUAAGAUCUGGGAAGCUGGUCCAGUUCCAAGUGUUUCUCAAAUUAAGAGACAGAAGGUCUUUGAAACCUGCUUUCUCCAUUCCCACAGGCCAGUCCCAGAUCCAACCAGCACUGUCAGACCACAGUGGACCCAAGCAGAAGUGAUUGAAUCUUCCUUACCCACCCAGUAACAUCCCACCCAUUGUCAAAGCCAUCCAACAAUGUCCUGUGAGCGAGGGACUCCUGGGUCCGUGUUUAAGGCUUGGGGAAGCUAGAAACAAGAAAAAUGAAUGCAAAAGCCAUGGGAGGCAUUGUUUUUCUUCGGGUUAGUUAAAUAUAGUAGGGAAGGGGUUGCUCUUAUCUGAGCUUUGCCAAGAAAUAUAAACAAACCAGCUGUCACUGCAUCUCUCUAAGGAGGUGUUAUAGUAUUAAUGAUACAACUGAUAUUUUCCCAUGGAGUUUUCUCUAGGAUGCAUUUCAUAAAUUAUACAUAUGAGACAUUUCGUUAUUAAAUCUCAUGUGUUUGUAAAAGGCACUGGCUUCUCUCUGAUUGGCAUCUGUCCCCUUCCCUUGCCUUGCAUCAGCGACGCAGAAGGGCUCCCCCGUAAUGGCUUUCUCUGACACACACUCCUGUGUCUUUACUGCUGUUCAUUGACUUAACAGUUGAUGACUUGCAGAAUAUUUAAACUUCGAAAAAGCUCGAGGGGAACUAAGCCUUCUGGUGAUUGUAUUACGGACAGUAAGAGGCCUUUGCUCCUUGUUAGCUUCGCCUGUGAACACGCCCUCCUGUGACUGAGGAAAAGGGUGUGUCCAAGUGAGGCAUCAGUGGCUCUAGAAAGGCCCCAAAUGGCAGGUUAGAGCUUGGCUGGACCUCGUACGGCCGCCUACCUCCCUGUCCAAAGGCUGAUCUUGGUACCUCCACUCCCUUGCUCUCGCCUAAAAGAGGUAUCAAAUCUGAGACCCGAGCUCUCCUCCAAUCCCGGUCCUCUACAGCUCCAGGACAUGCAUCAUAUAGAACACUCUUCCUCUCCUCUGAGGGCCACCCUCUCUGCUUCCUUGCCCUCCCCCGCCUAGAUACCUACACCACCACUGUUUCCACAUUGGAAGGACAGGAUACUGUGCAGUAUUGUGCACGUGUGCCAGUUAGGAGUAAAACUGCCCUAGGGUCACCUUCAUGUAAGCAUCAACAGCUACAGAUUCAAAGUGCUUAGAGCAGGGACAUCAGUACCACUAUCUGCAAAAGAAUUCAAUUUGGGCAUCCACGUUUUGAGGGAAUCACGAUUCUGCAGGUGUCUUUCUCUGAGUGACUUAAUGCGACUAUUACAUUAGGGGUCAAUGAACUAAGAAGUGCAAGUGGGAAUCACUGUAUGUUAGGAAGGGGUUUUGCAGCCAAGACUGCCUUGAAUAAAAUGUUUUUGCACUGAAAAAAAAAAAAAAAACCUUUAAAUGACUUGGUCUCUGGUUGCUGUAAAGGUCAUCCAAGAUGGAUGUUCUGUUUAUAUUGUAUAGUAUUUCAUAUGAAAUAACUGCAGUUCAUGAAACGUCUUCCCUAAUGUUCCUGAUUUCUAACAGCACAUUUGUAACAUGGUUUUUAUCGUGUCCGUGUACCAUAUUGUAAAUGAUGAUUCCUUGUCAUGCUUAGUAUAAUAACUUAAAAGGAAAAAAAGGACAGGGAUUUUUGUAAGUCUAUAUUUGAAAGUCCCUCCAUAUGGUAAUAUUGUGUUCAUGUUGUUUAUGUAGUGUUGUGUGAAAUAUCCAUUUUGGAUUGUGUUACUUUUUAAGAUAUUAAAUAACAUUUGGUUAUA